UUCUAGCAGAGAGGGUUAAAGCGGAAGAUCUUUGAUUCUAGCUUUAUCAACCGUCUCUGUUCAAACCGAGCAAGCAUCUCCGAUCGGCCUAGACCUAUGUGACAUCGUUUUUCUCUGGAAGUAGUACUUUGCCUAGGCAUGUGCGGAAGGACUGCGUGCACCCUGGCGCCAGAUGAGGUCAGCCGAGCUUCUGGGUACCGAGACCGGUCAGGAAGGCGAAGACGACCUCAGUGGCGAGAUGGAGAUAUGGACAAGUAUCGACCUUCUUACAAUAAGAGCCCCCAAUCCAACAGCCCAGUGUUAUUAUCUCAUAGACAUUUUAAGAAGGAUGCUCCUGUAGACGAGUUUGUCCUGGCUGCUAUGCGUUGGGGCCUGGUUCCUGCCUGGUUCAAGGAGAAUGACCCAAGCAAAAUGCAAUACAGCACCAACAACUGUCGGAGGGAGAGCCUGCUGGAAAAGAAGUCUUACAAGGAUCCCCUUUUGAAAGGUCAACGUUGUGUCAUCCUGGCUGAUGGCUUUUAUGAGUGGAGGAGGAAGGACAAGGACAAGCAGCCAUUUUUCAUCUACUUUCCCCAAAGCAAGCAAACACUGCCUGGGCCUGCUGGUGCACAGUGUGAUGUCAAACAAGAAUGUCCAUUCAAGGCUCAAACGCCAGAACAAGAAGAGAACCAGGAAGAGGAGUGCAGAUGGACCGGCUGGCGGCUGCUCACCAUUGCAGGCCUGUUUGACUGCUGGACACCUCCCUCUGGUGGGGAAACUCUGUACACCUACACGGUCAUCACAGUAGAUGCCUCUCCCGAUCUUCAGAGCAUCCACGACCGAAUGCCGGCGGUGCUUGAUGGUGAGGAGGAGGUGAGGCGAUGGCUGGACUUUGGGGAGGUGCGAUCACUUGAGGCCCUGGAACUGCCGCCCAGAGAUGUCUUGACCUUUCACCCCGUUUCAUCCUUUGUCAACAAUUCGCACAACAAUUCACCAGAGUGCCUACAGCCUGUGGAUCCUAACAUUAAAAAGAAGCCUGUGGAGACUGCUAGCAGUAAGAUGAUGAUGAGCUGGUUAAAGAGCUCCACACCCGCCAAGAGGAAGGAACCUGAAGAUUCCACAAAUACAGAGGCCAGGGAAAAAUCCACAGAGACAAAGCGACUCAAGAAAACAGGGCCGCUGCAGCAAUGGCUUCAGGGCAGUGGAACAAGCAAGAAGUGAAGUGACUUGAAUGGGUGGUGUAGCAACCUAACUGUUGCUAGGAUUUAGACUUAAAAUGCAAGACCAAUAAUCCAGGAGGUGUUUUCUAUAAUCGCUAGCAGUGAGUUGGAAAAUCCAACACGCAUCCUUUUGCUAAUUCAUUGGAGAAUCACAUUUUGGAGUGUUAGUCUUCAGGUUUAGUUGUGUUUACUGAUCACAAACGAGCAAAGUGUCUCUUGUAAGUCAUGCAAUAUCUGUUUCCUGUAUGUGCAAGUCUACACACAGAAUGGUCUGUUCCAUUCUGCAAAACAACAACAUUUAUUUAACAACAUUUUUUUAUUUUCAUUAUUACUUUGAAAUACAUAUUUUCCCAAACAAUGUG